AUGCUCGAUGAAGACAGCAGUUUGUUCGGAUCUGAUGACGAAGACGACGAUGAAAAGCGGAAAGACAACCCAGAAGACAAAAAGUAUCUCUUCCGGAAGGAGUUUCGCACUAUGAUUUAUGGUUUUGGUGAUGACAAGGUACCCUACGAUAAAACCCUGGAACUUCUGGAAACCAUCGUAACGAGCUACAUACAGCACAUGUGUCAGCGUGCUUUACAAAUGGGUAAGCCGGGCAAAUUAGCGCUUGAAGACAUACAUUACUUGAUUCGGCGAGAUGCUAAGAAAUUUGGCCGUGUCAAGGAUUUAUUGUCAAUGAGUGAGGAACUGAAAAAAGCGAGAAAGCAGUUUGAUGAGGCGAAAGCAAUAUGA